UGUUAUUUAUGCCCUUUCAGGUUACCAAAUGUAUUUACAGGCCUACUGUUAGCUAGCUAACGUUAGCAUGCUAACCGACUAACUAUCAGGUCUAGGUUAGCUAUUUUGUUGAUAAGAAGCAGAGCCUGUGCAUGUUGUAUCGCAACAGUUUGUUGGUUUUCUCUUUUCUAUAUACUUUUAUUAACCUGUCUACUUGACAUAACAGUCCGUCCAGCAGAAGCUAUUUUCAGAGAAGUUGGAACUUAACCUCAGCAAGGCUAUCAUGGAGAGCAGAAAGAGGGCAGCAGCUUCUUCCAACUCUCCAAGUUUGGUUUUCUGGUCCUCGUCGUUCCCACGGCAACCAGCCAGGGUCCUAAUUGUGGAGGCGCUGCCGCCCCGAUGGUCAGAGACCCGCACGGUUCUUUGCGAUGCUCUCGACAACUUCUUGUCUCUGGCCUCUAGUCUGGAUGGGCCCUGUAGGAUGCCUCUACUGAGCCUGUAUGCCGUCAGCAGGCAGCGGGAAUGUCUAUUGCCACUUGUGCAAGUUCGUGGUAACUUCGCCAGGCUGCAUUCCUGUGUUGAAGAGCUGAGGUCUAUUGCAAGUGAAGGUUGUAUCAGAGGAGCAGCCGCGGGAGCUGAUCUGCUGCGACAGGCAGUGCUGGACAGUCUGCAGCAGUUUAAACAGUACAUCAGACACACCAGCGCUGGCAGUCAGGCCGGCAGCAACAUCUCUGUGGAGGUUACUCUGGUGACCAGCCAGCCAGGCCGUAGCAUUGUUCAUCAGCUGGAGAUGGGGCUCAAAGAUGCUGACCUGGUUUCACUGAAGCGACUCCUGGUAGUGCAGAUCUACAGUACAGGAGACUGGGGCCAAGACACUCUCUCACCUGAGGCCGCCGCACCCUCAGAGACUGAAGACUCUCUGAUGCUGGGGACAGAGGUCGACCUGCAGCAGGUGGAGAACACUGUGUUUGCCAUAGAGACUGUGUUCAAGGCAUGGCUUCAAGAACAGGGUGGAGACAGAGAGCACCUUCACCUCUUGCUACCAAGCCCCAUGGAUAACCUGAUUCCAGUGUGCGUGAAGUGUGACAUGCAGGAGCGCAUGAUAAGCCCGGCGCUCAUCCCGCUGACCCCGAACCUGGGAGUGAAGACUGAGAGCAUUCGGGACUUCCUGCUUGGCCCUAAGGGCUUGGCCAAUCAAAGCCCAGCACCGCAGACACUGAAAGUGAUCAAGUAAGCGUGGGCAUCGAUGCUGAGGGCCUUCGAACUAUCAGCACAAAUAAGAGUUUUUAGGAUCAGCUCACAAUCACUUUGUUAGGAGAAAGGAAGACUUGUGUGUGCAAGAUCCAAUAACACGCGUUCUCUGUAUGCACAGCUCCUUUGUUUGACUUGGGAGCAUCUGAGUGCACUUUGUUCUGCUGGAGUUACUGCUCCGAGGCUGUAAAAGCAAUAUGAGCACAAAGUUCAGUCGCUUUUGUAAGGAAUUUUGUUGGCCUCGUAAAUGUACAAUCAGCAUGAUGGACGAGGAAACCAGAAGAUAAAAUAUAUUCCAGAGGACAGGAAAAUGCUCAUCGUAAAAGUCUGACAAAUGAAUAAAAUCUUUCAUACCAAUCACAAAACAAAUAUGGAGAGUUUUACGAGCUUGUAGGUCAAAAAUAGCCUCUGUGGACAGUGUCAUACAAGAAAUGAGCUACAUUUGCUUCCUACAAAACAAACUCGUCAUGUUAUUUUAAACCUCACAGGGAUUGUGGACACAUGAACUGAAUGUAGCGCAGUACAUUUUCACUUUCUUCUCUUUCCUACCUGUCAGUAGAGGAAUGUGUACGUGCCAUUUUUUUCUCACAAACUCAUGCAGUGCACUGAAGAUUGUCUCAUGGGCCAGCGCAAGGCCAGUUGCAGACACACUGGUGGUCCUGUGCUGGCCCAUGUGUGGGCCACCUCUGACAAUCCUGAUCUUGACCACCAAAGGGCCGUAACUCUUUCCGGUAUGUGAUCCAUGUGUAAGUUGUGUGCAGCCACGGGCCAGUUGCAGACACACUGCUGGCCCUGUGCUGGCCCAUAUGUCAGCCUAAUGUGUA